UCUUCCUUUCCUCCUUCCUUUCUGCAGCUUCGGCCCUUCUGCCGUGAAAAGGGAAGAUGAGAAGCAGCAGCAGCCCGCCGACACCGAACGGACGCUGAACCGAGUCCCUUCCAGCGGAAUGGCGGCAGAGCGGCAGCUGACGGACCGGAGGCCGAGCUCAGCUGCUUAUCUCCUGCCUUAGACACACGGCGGCCACCACUGGAACCUCGGAGCUCAGGAGCCUGGAGGAGCGGCGGGUGGAGCUGCAGCCUGCCUGGCCGAGCCGUGCUGAGCGGAGCCGAGCCGAGCCGAUCCCGCCGUCGUCAUCUCCUGUCCUGCUAACGAUGCUUAGUGAGCCGCGGGACUGAAGCAUCGACGGCACCGCGCCCUGAAACCAGACCCGGACCCUCCCUGGCCCCCGCCUCCCUUCAGGCAAACUGGCCCUGGUGUGGUCUGGGGCAGAUGUUUCAGGUCAGGCUCUCAGGCCUGUUCACACCUGAUAUUGGCGUGCACCUGGAGCGAUCCCAUCUCAGGUGGAGAGCUGUAAGUACAGCAUAUUUACAGGCUGCAGCAUGGAGCGCUCCGGAAGCAUUCAGCUGGACAUCCCUGACUUCAGUAACUCAGUUCUGUCUCACCUGAACCAGCUGCGAGUUCAGGGCCGUCUCUGCGACAUUGUGGUCAACGUUCAGGGCCAGAGCUUCCGUGCACACAAGGUGGUCCUCGCUGCCAGUUCACCAUACUUCCGGGACCACAUGUCUCUGAGCCAGAUGAGCACCGUGUCACUGACCGUGAUUCGCAACCCGUCAGUCUUCGAGCAGCUGCUGUCCUUCUGCUACACGGGCCGACUGUGCCUGCAGCUCGCAGACAUCAUCAGCUACCUGACGGCUGCCAGCUUCCUGCAGAUGCAGCACAUCAUCGACCGCUGCACUCAGAUCCUGGAGGGCAUCCAUCUAAAGAUCAGCCUGGCUGAUCUGGACGAGGAGUCCAGGGAGGAGGAGGCUGUGCGGGGAUCAAGGGGAAGUAGGACCUUGGAGGCGGUGGUACGAGGAGGGGGUCACCAUGGAGGUCUGCGGCUGCUCGGCCCACGGGGAGGAGCAGAGGCAUGUGAGGCGGUCAGCCCAGCAGAAGAUCCACUGAGCCCACCGCCAACAGUGGAGCACAGUGGGCUGGAGGGGCCUGGGACCACCAGCAGCAGAGUGGGCAAAGAGCCAAUCCUCCGCAUCAACCGGGCUGGUCAGUGGUAUGUGGAGACGAGCAGUGAACCAGAGCGGACCGGCAGUGCUGAGGAGGGCGGCAGCGUGGACGGAGUCAGGAUCAAGACAGAGAGAAUGGAGGAGUGGAUUGGAGCAGGAGAGCACCAGGAGGAGGUGGGGGUGGUGGAGGAGGGGGCCACCGUGAUGAUCGACACGUCAGGACGCAGCACACUGGUGACGGGACCGGUGGGAACGCUGGGCACUCGCAGCGUCCAACCGUCUUCUAGCUUUAGUGAGGCAGACAGGUUCAGUCCCACUGGCAGUGUGGUCGUUCUUGCGGAGCGUCAAAGAGCAAAGAGCGAGUCUCCCAGCAGGGCAGAUGAGCUGCGACAACCAAGCUCACAGGGGGAGGAACACGCCGCAUUUGAUAUGGGCAGCUACGAGGACUACCUGAGAGAGCAGGUAGGAGACCGCUGGUUCCGCUACAACCCUCGUCUAACCUGCAUCUACUGCUGCAAGUCUUUCAACCAGAAAGGCAGCCUAGACCGCCACAUGCGCCUGCACAUGGGCAUCACGCCUUUCGUCUGCCGCAUCUGUGGGAAAAAAUACACCCGUAAAGACCAGCUGGAGUAUCACAUCCGUAAGCACACCGGCAACAAACCUUUCCACUGCCAUGUCUGCGGCAAGAGCUUCCCCUUCCAGGCCAUCCUCAACCAGCACUUCCGCAAAAACCACCCAGGCUGCACCCCCCAGGAAGCCCACAGCGCGUCCCCUGAGACUACCACUGCCUCCGUCACAUCCAGGGGCGGUCCGAGUGACGAGGCCUCCCCCAGUCAGGAGGAGCCAGAGGGCGGGGGAGGCGGCGGUGGAAGCAGCGUUGGUGGAGCUCAGUAUGGAGAAGGUCCCCAAGCCUCGGUUUCCACUACGGGGCCAGACUGACCCUAACAGAGGGAGGAAGGUAGGGGGUCGCAAGCACGGAGGGCCGUUCUGAUCCUGUUGUAACUGAAGCCAACAGGACGCUGAACCCACUGAAGUCAAAGGAUACCUUGGAGUCGGAACUGAGAUUUUUCCGCUUUAAACCGCAUCUACCUUCACUAACCAAACGAACAGAUUAAGCUAAACUGAAGAAAUGCCACACACUCAAACAACCUCAUGCACCACACAAUUCAGUGGUUCUCGUUUGCCUCCGUCUAGUUUAUGUUACAGAUUUCUACUUUUAUAUUUACAGGUUCACAAUGCAGCAUCAUAACAGUCUGUCUGUAGACUUUGCCAAACUACUCAGUGCCAGUUUAACAGUUCAAAUCCUUCGUAUUUGCCUUGAGACAAUCUGGAGCAGUCGGGUUAUUAAUAAUCUUAUGCGCUCUUUAAGUGCCACAAUGCCGUAAAUGGAUUUAGUUGCACCAAAAGGUUCAGUGAGAAAACGAGAACUGUUGAAGUUCAGUUCCAGUGUGAUUGGAGUUCCUAGCCUUUUCCCGUUUUCUGGCUUUGUUACACUACGCUGUGUCGCACUAAAUACCUCAUUGUUCAGCGUCAUCCACAAAACUGCAUUCACACACAGUCUCCUUCAUUUCACAAAUAUGAUCAUUGAUCCUAAUUCCAGAUGUUUUUAACCUUCAGCAGAACCUUUUAAACAUUUCCAGUGUUUCCUCUAGGGUUUUUUUCAGCAGUGGUGGCAGGCUCUCCGGGAGCCGUGGCAGCGUAGACAAAUGACACUUGGCUGCAGAUUUUACUUGUACAACCUAUUUAUUGAAUGACCAGCUGAAAAUAGCUUUUUAAAGGCUGAAUGUAAAAAUUAAAAAAAGUAUUUGAAAAAGCUCAUCUGAAAACGCAGUCAGCAGUUACAUCAUGGCAUGUAGAUAUUAACUUAAUGCUAUCAAUUAGCUUACUCACGUUAGAGACACUGAGUUGGCACCGGGCCCAGUUAACUUCAGCUACCGAUAUGUUACAUAACGUUAGCUGGCCAUCAAUAUUUUGCGAAUGUCUGUUUAACUUGUAAAAUCUAUUAUGAGUUAUCUUAAGCUAAUAACCUUUCUCUGUUAAGUUGCUGCCAUAUUUUCCCAGACAACACUCCUCUGACCUGGUGCCUGGGUGCUUGACGUGACAUUACUUUGUAGGCCGCGCUCUUGCAAGUAAUUAAUGUCGUAUUAACCCGAUGUAUCAAAGAGUAGAUACUGAGCAAGAUAGUUAUCUCUAGUUUACCUUAGUACUCACAAGUACCCGACACAGUGCAGGACUCUGCUGUGAAGGUGGAGACAUGCGGUGGUGGUGUAUUUGGGACAAUGAACAAUAAAAAAAAAGAAAUUUGAAGGAGCGGCGGCUAGGAUUUAGGAAUGGCGGCCGCCACUCCUAAAUGAAUGUAGAGGAAACACUGCAUUUCAGUAGCGAUGUGUUAUGGAAGAUGAAUGGAAAAUCGUUAGUUUAAUUUCUGAUUAGCAACAAAUUCCCUCUGAGUUAUAGUUUUUCUUCUUUAAAAUUCCCUUAAAUGAUUGAAUAUUACAGCAGUUGCCAAGUAGUUUUCAGUGGCUCGGCUUGAUAAUUAAUAGAGUAACUUAGUCUACUGCUGACAGUCUGCUUAUAUCUUAACUAUACUUAUACCUUAACUAUGCUUUCACGUGCAGAAAAGGUCAAAUCAAUCAUCAAACUAUUAAAUGUUUAAAUCUCAAAAUGGCUCCAUAUAUAUAUAUAUAUAU